AUGCUCUUUUUCAGAAGCAGCUACCAUGUCAGCGUCAUGCUGGGUUUGGUAGCCUUGGGGAUGUCGCAGUCAUUUCUGACAGCAAUCUCCCAGUUCCCCCAGUUGUCCAACUUCACCACGCUCAUGUACAAUAAUCCUGGUCUGGCCGGUGCACUACUGACCUCGAAUGCGACAUCACUCACAAAGACAACGGUUCUUGUGCCAGACAAUUCCGCGUUUGACAAGCUUGAAGAAGCCUUGGGAGCACCGAUUGGAAGUCUUACGGUGGAACAGCUGGAGCCGGUUCUGCAAUAUCAUCUGCUUGUAGACGAAUUGACAACGGAGAACUUUACCGUGGCCAAUGGGACCACUCGACCAACGUUUCUCACAGGACCGACUUACAACAAUCGAUCUGCGGGAGCGGCCUUGGGAUCGAACGGAGCGGAGAGCGAUCCUCACAAUGGUCAGGUAGUCUUCAUGCAGGCGAGCGAACCUGAGGAAGAGGAGUCGGUGGCGGGUGCGAAGCGGUUUAGGUUGCGCCAGACAAACGCGCAGUCUGAUCGAAUCGAAGUACAGGGAGGUCUAGGCCAUGUUAUAAAUAUGACAGCAAUCGAUGGCUAUUGGGAUGGUGGCCGUUUCCAGAUUGUGGACAAAUUCCUCCAGCUGCCGCUGAACUGCACCGACACCAUUCGCAGAUGGAAGAUGCUUGCCUUCAGGCAAUCACUUGAUCGUACCGGACUAGGGGCCCCUCUAGACGUCGAGCAGAACGUGACAUGCUUGACUCCGAACGAUGCCGCAUUUCUCGCUGCGGGGAGUCCAAAUUCAACGGCAAGCAUCUUUGACCUUACCAGUCUGCUUCAAUUUCAUAUCAUCAACGAGCCCUUGUAUUCCAAUUUCCUGCAAGAUGGUCAGAGAUAUCGCAGUGUCAACAACCAAACGAUCCAAAUUACCGAGCGGAACGGCGAGAUUUUUGUCAAUGACGCCAAGAUCAUCAACUCCAAUGUCAUGACCAAUAAUGGCGUAAUGCAUGUUCUUGACCGGGUCAUGUCGCCAUUAGACGAAGAGGUGCAGUCUUCCAGUUCGUCCAGCAGCGGGACAGCAACCACGACAACAUCGCCAACGACUUCGACCACUCCCACCACAAGCAGCUCAUCAACUACCACGUCAUCAGCGCCAGCUGCCUCUGAGACCGGCGGUGGUAUUGGGCUUGAGAACCCCGUCUCUCGGCUUGGGGCGUUAGGCUAUGCAUUUCCGGUGGUUUGGGCACUUCUCCUGUGA